CCAGGUAAAAAAUGUCAUCGUCGGGCAAGGACAACAGCGGUCAUUAUGCCAACUAUGUGGGACCCUACCGGCUGGAGAAGACGCUCGGCAAAGGACAGACAGGCCUUGUGAAGCUGGGCGUCCACUGUGUCACGUGUCAGAAAGUCGCCAUAAAGAUUGUCAACAGAGAGAAACUCAGCGAGUCUGUUCUUAUGAAGGUGGAGCGGGAGAUAGCCAUUCUGAAACUCAUAGAGCACCCCCAUGUUUUAAAGCUGCAUGACGUCUACGAAAACAAGAAAUACCUGUACCUGGUGCUAGAGCACGUGUCUGGCGGGGAGCUUUUCGACUACCUGGUGAAGAAGGGGAGGUUAACACCUAAAGAGGCUAGGAAGUUCUUCAGACAGAUCAUCUCUGCUCUGGACUUCUGCCACAGCCACUCCAUAUGCCACAGAGAUUUGAAGCCAGAGAACCUGUUGUUAGAUGAGAAGAACAACAUCAGGAUAGCAGACUUUGGCAUGGCGUCUCUGCAGGUCGGGGACAGUCUGCUGGAGACCAGCUGUGGAUCUCCACACUAUGCCUGCCCAGAGGUUAUCAGGGGAGAGAAGUACGAUGGAAGGAAAGCAGAUGCAUGGAGCUGUGGAGUCAUCCUCUUUGCACUUUUAGUGGGCGCCCUGCCGUUUGACGAUGACAACCUGAGGAACCUUUUGGAGAAGGUGAAGCUAGGAGUGUUCCACAUGCCUCACUUCAUCCCCCCAGAUUGCCAGAACCUUCUCCGCGGCAUGAUUGAGGUGGACGCCGGCAAGAGACUUACGUUAGAACAAAUCCAGAAGCAUACGUGGUAUCUAGCGGGGAAGAAUGAGCCUGAGCCAGAGCAGCCUUUACCCAGGAAAGUGGCUAUCAGGAUGCUGGCUUCAGCUGAGGAGAUAGACCCUGAUGUUCUGGAGAGCAUGCACUCUCUGGGCUGCUUCCGAGACAAGACCAAACUCAUCAAGGACCUCCUGUCUGAGGAUGACAACCAGGAAAAGAUGAUCUACUUCCUCCUGCUGGACCGCAAGGAAAGGUAUCCAAGCCACGAGGACCAGAACCUUCCCCCUCGCAACGAGAUAGCAGACCCUCCCAGGAAGCGCGUGGAUUCGCCCAUGCUCAGCCGCCAUGGCAAGAGGAGACCAGAGAGGAAGUCAAUGGAGGUGCUCAGCGUUACAGAAGGAGGCUCUCCUGUACCCGUACGACGAGCCAUCGACAUGGCUACCCAUGGACAGAGCAAAUCUGUUUUCAGUAAAAGCUUGGAUAUCACAAACGCUAACUGCAGCAAGGAAGAAAGAUCACGGUCCAUCAGCGGAGCGUCCUCCGGCCUGUCCACCAGUCCUCUCAGCAGUCCCAGGCCUGUCAGGCGGUUUUUCAUCCCGCCCCAGUCCCCAGACCUUUGUCAGUCCCCCAACUGCAGUCCCACUCACUCCCCAGAGGUUCGCCUUAAUGGGGUGGGGCCACGUGCACACAACUCCUACCAGCCAAAGAUGGGGUCUCCCCUCAUGCAUCCCCGCACGCAGACUCUCCCUGCUAAGCCCAAAGUCUCAGAAAAGCCCCUCCAGACCACCAGGUCCAACCCCCUGCCCAAUACAGCUGAGAGCCCCACAGCUCCCAAGUCAGAGCCAUCAACACCAAGCCAGCCCCUAGCCCCCUGUAUUCCCAACAGCCCCAGGGUGAGACGCCAUCCUCCCCUCACUGUCCCCCCAAAGCUCUCCAUCCCUCUGUCCCCCGUGCCUCCUAUGUCGCCCCUCCGUCGCCACCACCUCCACCCUGACCACAACGGAAAAUCUGUCCCCAUCACGCAGGUGACCCCCCACCCCUCCCCCAGAGGGAGCCCUCUCCCCACUCCCAAAGGCACCCCGGUGCACACGCCUAAGGACAGCCCUGCUGGCACUCCCAGCCCCACACCACCCCCCAGCCCCUCCAUCGGAGGUAUGCCCUGGAGGACGCGCCUCAACUCCAUCAAAAACAGCUUCCUGGGCUCACCUCGUUUCCAUCGCAGGAAAAUGCAAGUUCCCACCCAGGAAGACAUGUCCAGUCUCACCCCAGAUUCCUCUCCAGAACUGGCUAAGAAGUCGUGGUUUGGCAACUUCAUCAACCUGGAGAAAGAGGAGCAGAUCUUCAUAGUGAUCAGAGACAAGCCUCUCAGCUCAAUAAAGGCAGACAUUGUCCACGCCUUCCUCUCUAUCCCCAGUCUGAGCCACAGUGUGAUCUCUCAGACCAGUUUUCGGGCUGAGUACAAGUCCACAGCUGGUCCAACGGUUUUCCAGAAGCCAGUCAAGUUCCAGGUUGACAUCACCUACACCGAGAGCACCAGCGCCACCAAGGAGAACGGCAUCUACUCCGUCACUUUCACCUUGUUGUCAGGUCCCAGCCGACGUUUUAAACGUGUGGUCGAGACCAUCCAGGCCCAGCUGCUCAGCUCCAACGACCAGCCCGGCGGCCAGCCCCAGAUAUCUGAUGGCUCUCAGCACUCAGCCACUUUGCCCAGUAAAUCUUCGAAGCGUGGCAGCCCGUUGAGUAACUUCUUUGACGUAAUUAAACAGCUUUUUUCAGACGAGAAGAACAUCCAAGCGUCCCACUCCCCCGGUGCCCCCGCCACGCCUAGCUCCCCCGCCAAGCAUGCCCCCAGCAGCAAGCCCAACCAGCCCCCGCCCAAUGACUCUAAAUGCCCCCCCGGCAAAGACAAAACAAAGAUGGCCGCCAGCAACAGGACACAGGAACAACCUUAAGGAGUGGUAGCUGUGCAUGACUAGAUGCUAACCAGUUGUCAGGUCAUUAAACACAAACAAACCCCCCGAGAAGAGAAUGACAAAGGAGAGCUGCUAACUUUGCGCUUUAGUUAGGAGUGUUGAAAAAAAGAAAUGGAAAAAAAAACAAAAACAAAAGAAAAAUCUACUUUUUUGCCUAUAAACUUUUGUACUGUAUAAUGGGAAUGGCUAUUUCAGUUAAAAAAGUUGAUCAGUAUUUUACAAUAAGUAGCAAAUGUAGCUUUGUCCCCCAACUCCCUCAACCCCCCAUGUCCCUCUCUGUGUCCCGGGGGUCUGUCAGUGGGUGUGUGUGCGCUCGUCACGUGUGUGAUGGCUUGACUUGUCUCUACCACCAGGGAUCAUCCAUAAAAACUAUUAAUGCCAACCUCUCCGCUCUUGAAGACCGGCCCAACUGCGGCCAGCCGACACCCAGAGAGCCAGAAACAGAAGAAAAGAAAGA